AUGGAUCAUUUAAUAAUAACUCCAGCACAUCACCGUAUUUCGUCAUUAGUAAGAUCAAGAUCACGUUCAGAACACAGACCUUUUGUACUUGGAAUGCCAAGAGCUCGGUCCGCGUCAGUUUCGUCUUUAACUACUAAUAAUAAUAAUGGUUUUACUCUACCAAGUUAUGGUUAUGGAGGAUCAGCAAAUACACUUUCCUUAUUUGGACGUAGUUUACAAACAAGUGCUUUAGAUAAAGUUUCCCCUUUCCACAAUGUUGCUGUCCAACGCCCUACUCCCCAUUAUUCUGAUAAAUAUCCCUAUGUUCGUUACAGUUAUGGAAAUGUUGAAGCUGGUUUGGGGCUUAAAACACAAACUGAAGCUAUGUAUCCAAGCUAUUAUGGAAUUAGGGAUGCCGGCACAAAACGAUGGCUUGAAGGAAAAUUAAAUGCCUACAAUACAGGAUUAUUUACAAAACCUUUUAGUAGCAGAGAAACUUCAUUUGAAAGGCCUAUAGCUCCAGUCCGUUCAUAUAUAAAAUAUAUUCCAACAGACGAUGCUGUUGAUUUAUUUAAGAAAAAAUGUAUGACAGUAAAUACUUUAUCUAAAUAUUGGUUACAAACAACAGGUAGCAGUUUAAGAAGGGAAAGGGAUUUUUCAACAUAUGGUAGGCCUUCUUCUGUUUCUACUCUUACUGGUUCAUAUAGUACUCGUUAUAACCCUCCAGUUACUAGCUUUGCAUCAGGAAGAUUUAGACGACCCCCUCAAUAUUAUUCUUCUGUUGUUGCCAAAUUGGAGGCUUAA